CUGCGCUUUGUCGGGUCGAGCAUCAUCACCUCACUUGCUACGCUUCACAUCACAUACGACGUCUCAAGUACUCUCGAACCUUCACACCACUUCUCUUGCAAACUACAUCUCUCGGAUACCAUGGCAGACGUCCGCUCUCUCCUCCGCCAGGAGCGCGCAGCCCGCCAGCAAGCCACCAAACCUGCGCGCUCAACACGAACCUCAGCAGCCCCAGCUACGGCGCCUGUGGGAAAGAAGCGGAAGGCCGUCGACGACGAACCCGAGACACGCAAACGGACAAAGGCAGAAGAGGCGACUGGGCUACCAUCUGGCUUCUUCGACGGAGGCGCAACAGAGGAGGCACGAGCUGCUUCGCCAACUGAAGAGCAAGACACAUUAAAAAUAGACGCUGGAAAGAAGACACUCGAAACAAUCGAACCUCUAGUGGUGCCUGUUGCAGACGAGCCAGCCCCAGUUGCGGAUGAGGUGGACGAGGAGCUAUGGGCCGCUUUCGAGCGAGACGUCGCCACGCCACCACCAGAGAAACACUUCGUACCGGCGCUUGCUGCCGCAGCGACCAUUCAGGCAGCGCCUGUGAGUGCGGCAGAAUUGGCGGCACAAGCGAGGGAGGACAUGAGUGCGCAGCGAGGCAGGAGGGAUGCCGAGAUUGAGGCAGAGAAAGAAGAUGCUGCUCGACAACUGGAGGACGAAUUCGAGGAGCUGGAAGGCUGGGAGGAGAGAGCUAGGAAGCUAAGGGAGAAGAGGGAGGCGUUACGGAAGGCCCGCGAUCUGUCUGCCCCCCCGGUACAGGAAAUUGUCGCUCCGCCGGUGGAGGCCAGCGAGGAUGAGGAUAGCGAGGAUGAUUUCGAGGAGGAUGGGUGGGGUGAUUGGGGGGUUAGAGCUGCGUAGGUUAGGUGAUGGAGGGCUUGAGGCGCAGCUGGUAUGUCACCCAUUGAGGACGUCGUUAGGGUCCGCUUGUAUAAUACCCCAGAAUACCUAAUUUGUGCAUACGUUGCAUAUCAAACCAGUUUUCGUUUUGCUUGUUUGUUUGCAUAUAACGA